AUGCUUUCGCGGGCUCUGUCUAGAAGUAUUGCUUGCCGUACCUAUAGCACCACCACAAAUCCGAAAAAUGAGAUAUUUAUCGAGCGACUUUCUGGAAAGGAUCAAGGCAUCACACUAAUUCAAAUGAAUCGAGCUCCACAGAAAAAUGCGUUGGGCAAGGUGUUCAUGACACAAUUCCGACAAAUUUUGGAUGAAAUCAAAUUCGAUAAUUCAACCAGAGUUGUUAUUUUGAAAUCCAACGUAGCUGGAACAUUUUGCACCGGGGCGGAUUUAAAAGAGCGCAAAGAAAUGCAUGUAGAUGAAGUUCCGAAAUUCGUCGAUUCUCUUCGCAACGCUUUCACCGAUAUUGAAAAACUCCCACAACCUGUAAUCGCAGCAAUCGAUGGUUAUGCUUUGGGCGGUGGUUUGGAAUUAGCAUUGGCUUGUGAUAUUCGCGUAGCAACAAAAAGCUCAAAAAUGGGAUUAGUUGAAACGAAAUGGGCGUUGAUUCCAGGAGCUGGAGGAACUCAAAGAAUGAGUCGAGUUGUUGGACCAUCAAAAGCGAAGGAAUUGAUUUAUACAGCUGAGAUUUUUGAUGGACAACAGGCUGAAAAGUUAGGAGUUGUUAAUCAUGCUGUUGAUGAUUCCGUCGAAAAAUCUCUAGAGAUUGCGAGGAAAAUUAUUCCAAGGGUGAAUAUUUUUUGAAUUUGAAAUCUUAUGGAUCAAUUCAUCUGAAGAAAAAAUGAAUUUCGCGACAUUUUUUGUCGCGAAAUUGCAAUUCGCGAAACGACACGAAAUUAAUAAAAUAAACACGCCUGUUCGGCAGCGGAAAUAAAAAUUUCGGGUUACUGUACGCAAAAAUGUGCAUACACACUGACAUGAAAUUGCUCACAUUAUUUUUAUUUUUAUUUUUUUUUGUUCGUUUUUUUUCCGUUUCACUUUGCUAAUAUAUUUAUUGGUGUUUUCUGAAGAGAAAUCAGUUUUUACAGCAUACAUUGAUUAUUUUUUUCUCGGAGAGUAAUGGUUAGGUGUGUAUUUGAGCGAAUUCACUCCGGUUUUACUGAAAUUAGUGUUUGAACUUAUAUUUUUUGCUGAACCAAUUGUUUGUCUAUUCUCUAUGUAAAAUGUUUAAAAUUUUCGUACAUAUUUAAUAUAGAGAGCAACAGAAAAACAUCGUAUUUCUUUAUUGUUGUACGUUUUCUGCGGAUUGUCUAAAUUAGUUUUUUUUUAUAGAUAAUUCAUGAUUAUAAUUGGACAACAUUUCAAUAUCAGGCAACAAUAUUUUUGUGGCUUGACUGGGCAAAACUCAACAAGACGAGCUAUGUGACACCAACAAAAUUAAUGAAUGGUUUAUUCAACAGAACUUGAAUGAUUGAGAGUUUCAUGAAGCGAGCAAGUUUGAAUAAAACGACAGAAGAUUUGGCGAAUAACUUGUUGCUGUUAUAAACAACUUCUGAAUGCCAUAAUAUCUCUGUGUUUCGGUAAGUAUUUUAAAAAGGCAUGUUCAUUUCGCCGGCGAACGCCGGGCGUCGCCUUUUUUAUUGAGGCGAAGGCGAGGCGUGCCUCUUUUUAUUUUUCAACGCACAAGGCGAGGCGAGGCGUCGCCCGGCGAUUCGCCGGGCGAGUUGCAUUUUGCAAGUGAGAAUAGAUUAAAUUUUCUUCGAUUUUUUCAUAAAUUCGGUUGUCGGCGGGGUUUCAGCUACCUAUUAGCAACAUUUUCAAUCAAGAUUUUGCUUUAGUUUUCACUAAAAAGUAUAUUUGGAAAAGAAACAGCUAUUUUUAGAUGGAAAACAUAUCGUUCAAAUGUUCUCAUGUAACUGUAAGGCGAUAUAUUUUUAUUUCUAAGCUUACAAAAACAUUUUGCUGAAAUUGAAUGUUUAUAAAUACAGUUUUUUCACAAAUUGGGUAAAAAAACUAGGUUUUCAGUGAAAAUGACUCUUUUCUUCACUUCUUUGACCUUAAUAAUGUGUUUCAGAAGAAAUCUUAGCACAUAACGUUAAAAUAUGAGUGAAAUUAUCACAAUUAAUCGUUUUUCAUGCAAAUAAAUUACGUUUCUUUAUGAAACAGACAACACACACGCGUUUUCUCGCCGCGGCGAAGGCAGGCGAAGGCGAGGCGUGCUUUUUAUUUUUUUUCGAAAAACAGGCGAGGCGUGCCUCGCCUGCACAAAACGUCGCCGGGCGAAAAGCAGGCAGGCAAAAUGAACACGCCUGGUAUUUUUAUAUUGAAAAUUCUUUCUAAAAUCUUCAAAACAUAUGUUGACAUUUCGUGGAAGCAGAAAAAAACCAAAAAUAAAAAUUUAAAUUCCAAAAUUCUCACUCUAGUUGUUCGAAAAACGAAUGUAUUCAGGCCUGAGUUUACUCGCCAGACCAAUUAAGUCUGAAGAAAAAUCACACUAUCGAAAAAUUACUCGCUACAGAAACCAACUCAAAUUUCUAUCACGAUUAAUUUUUCAAGGCCGAAUACGAUGUAAGAAAAUAUUAUGUUUAGUUUUCACAGAAAAGCUUACUCAAUUAACUAACUAGGAUUAGGCUCUGGACAGCAAGAUUAUCACUAAAAAUGAAAUAUUCCAGAGAAAUACUAAUUGUAAAUUUUCCAGAUAAAUCACUUCACAUCAUCCUUCAAACAUGCUCACCAUCUUCCAUUUGUCAAACGAUGGAUUUCAUUUUUUUUUCUGCCAUAUUUUUUUCAUAAAUUAAUUUAUUAUUAUGUUUUACAAUUAAAAUGAUUGCCAUUCGCGAACUGGCGAGCAAAUAAUGAAGGUUCAAUAAGAAAAUGCUUAAGAUUCUACCUAAGAUCAAUUCAGUCUCGUUUAAAAUAAGUGCUGAACUUUAUUGGGAAUAAUUGCUGAAUCGAAAUUUGAAGAAAUUCCAGAUUUCAAUAAAAACCUGAUGUUUUUCACCGAAUAUCUAGACACAAACUCACCAAAGAACAUUUCUAAAGUUCCAGGGUCAUUCAAAACAUUGUUAAUUGAAAUCCGUUUUCAAUUUAAUGGAAGUGGGAAAAACAACGCAUUUUUCUUUUGAAAACAUCUUAAAAUUGAGCUCAAAAAUUUAUAACCAAAGUUAUUAUCUCUAUCUGAACAAAUUAAACUUCAAAAAGUGAAAUUCUAUGAUGAAAAAGCUGAAAAUUCAAGCCCAGAUAAUCAACACAGCAUUCAGUUUUUGAAUUACCUUUGUAAAAUAUGAUUCAGGUAACAGAAAACAUAAUGAAUUUAACCAUUUUCUCACGCACUCAAUGUCAGUUCAUGUUUUUUCACAUCUAAAGUUAUUUUAUAUGCUUAUAUUGUCGGAAUUCCCUCUCGAAAAUGAGCUAAUUACCGAAAACAAAUAUUUGAAAAAAAACUAUUUUUUGAAUUUCCGCAAACGCACAAAGAAACAUGCUAUUUUUUGAGAAAACGGGUCUCGACACGAUUUCGUAAAAUCGCAGCAGGACCUUCGGAAAAUACUUAUUCAAAGAGAUUCGGAUGCGUAGAUUAUCGCUACGUUUUUAGUUUUUCAAGUUAUGGCCUGGAACAUUUUCGGGCCGCGCCGCCAGUUUCAUUUUUGAAAAAUUGAUGACGUCACAAGCGUGGCCGAAGUUUCUUCUUCUCCGAACAGUCGUGUAAAAGAGGAAAUUCUUUUUUCGUGUGUUGGGUCUCGCAGGGAUUACGUGUCCCUUUAAUAUUUCUCCUUUAUUUUUGUGUUUAUUUCGUGUCGUUUCACGAAUUGCAAUUUCGCGACAAAAAAUGUCGCGAAAUUCAUUUUUUCUUCAGAUGAAUUGAUCCAUUAGAAAAAUAUAAUAUAUUAUAAUUUCAGGGCCCAGUUGCUGUAAAAAUGGCAAAACUCGCAAUAAAUCUCGGUUCACAAACUGAUAUUAGCAGUGCUUUGAGUGUUGAGCAACAAUGUUAUGCUCAAAUUGUUCCGACUAAGGAUCGUUUGGAAGGUUUGAAAGCAUUUGCUGAAAAACGCGAGCCGGUUUAUAAAGGAGAAUAA